CCUGUUUUAUUUCCAUGUUGUAGGACAAUCAACAACUCACAACAAAAGACAAUGCCUGAUCUAUUCAAGUUGCAGUAGUAGAAGCUGAUCUGAUAAUUCCACCAGAACAAAAAGAAAGAAAAGAAAAGUAAAUGACAACAAAAGCGAGCACACCUCCUCCUAACCUCCACAAAUCUGUAGCCAUUUCCAGAGGUUACAACUUCGCUUCUACUUGGGAACAGAAUGCUCCUCUAUCAGAGCAACAGCAAGCUGCAAUUGUAGCAUUAUCUCAUGCCGUUGCCGAGCGACCAUAUCCUAUCAAUUUGAAGCAAGAUCAUAUCUCUAGACAGGAGAAUGGUGGCUUGACUGUUUCCACUAAAGACAGUGAUUUCGCAGAUUCUCAAGCUAUUGAUGCUGUUUUAGUUAAUACUAAUCAGUUUUACAAGUGGUUUACAGAUCUUGAAUCAGCCAUGAGAUCAGAGACGGAGGAGAAGUAUCAGCAUUAUGUUGAUAAUUUAACAGAGCGCAUACAGACAUGUGACGACAUACUUCGUCAGGUGGACGAAACUUUAGAUCUGUUUAAUGACUUACAGUUGCAACACCAAGCAGUAGCUACAAAGACUAAGACUCUUCAUGAUGCCUGUGAUCGACUGUUAGUAGAGAAGCAACGACUAAUUGAGUUUGCAGAAGCACUUCGUAGUAAGCUCCACUACUUUGAUGAAUUGGAGAAUAUUGCUACAAAUUUUUAUUCUGCAAAAGUUAAUGUUGGAAGUGAAAACUUUCUUCCCCUGCUCAAACGGCUUGAUGAGUGCAUUUCGUAUGUUGAGAACAAUCCACAGUAUGCAGAAUCUAGUGUUUAUUUGCUCAAAUUUCGACAACUCCAGUCCCGGGCGCUGGGUAUGAUUCGCUCUCAUGUGCUUGCUGUUCUGAAAGCUGCAUCGUCUCAGGUGCAGGCAGCAAUCAGGAGCACUGCCGGCAACAAGACAUCUGUAUCUGAGGGUGUUGAAGCAUCUGUUAUCUAUGUCCGAUUCAAGGCAGCUGCAACUGAGCUAAAGCCUGUAUCGGAGGAAAUUGAAAGCAGAUCAUCUAGAAAAGAAUAUGCUCAAAUCCUUGCAGAUUGCCACAAAUUGUAUUGUGAACAGCGGCUUUCAUUGGUAAAAGGCAUAGUACUGCAACGAAUAUCUGAGUAUGCUAAGAAAGAGGCUUUGCCAUCAUUAACUAGAUCUGGAUGUGCUUAUCUAAUGCAGGUCUGUCAACUUGAGCACCAACUGUUUGAUCACUUUUUCCCAUCCUCAGAAGAUAUUUCUGGUUUGGCUCCACUGAUUGAUCCUUUGUCUACUUACUUGUAUGAUACACUUCGUCCAAAACUAAUUCACGAAACAAAUGUUGAUCUUCUUUGUGAACUUGUUGAUAUACUUAAAGUUGAAGUCUUGGGAGAACAACUUAGCAGAAGGAGUGAGUCAUUGGCUGGGCUACGUCCUACAUUGGAAAGAAUUUUAGCAGAUAUUCAUGAGCGACUGACUUUCCGUGCUCGAACCCAUAUUCGUGAUGAGAUAGCUAAUUACAUUCCUUCUGACGAAGACUUGGAUUACCCCGCAAAGCUGGAGCGAUCUGCUGAGAUGAAAUCAGAAACUACUUCUGUUGAAGAAACUUCAGAACUAAUUAAAACUUGGUACCCACCCCUGGAGAAAACAGUAUCAUGCCUUUCAAAGUUGUAUCGUUCUCUAGAAUCAUCUGUCUUCACUGGUUUAGCCCAGGAAGCUGUGGAAUUCUGCUCCCUUUCUAUCCAAAAAGCAAGUAAGCUGAUUGCAAAGAGAGCAACGGCAAUGGAUGGGCAGCUCUUCCUCAUCAAACAUCUUUUAAUCUUAAGAGAGCAGAUUGCUCCAUUUGAUAUAGAAUUCUCAGUCACAUACAAGGAACUGGACUUCUCUCAUUUGUUGGAGCACUUGAGAAGGAUACUUAGAGGUCAGACUUCUCUAUUUGAUUGGUCAAGGUCAUCUUCACUAGCAAGGACUUUAUCUCCUCGAGUUCUGGAAAGUCAAGUGGAUGCAAAGAAGGAAUUGGAGAAAAGCCUAAAAGCAACUUGUGAGGAGUUCAUUAUGUCGGUCACUAAGCUGGUCGUGGAUCCAAUGCUUUCAUUUGCUACCAAGGUUACAGCUGUAAAAGUUGCACUGUCUUCCGGCAGUCAGAGUGAGAAAGUAGACUCAAUUAUGGGCAAACCACUUAAGGAUCAAGCCUUUGCUACUCCAGAUAAGGUGGCUGAACUUGUUGAGAAGGUGAAUACUGCUAGUCAGCAAGAACUGCCAAUAGUGAUGGCAAAGAUGAAGCUUUAUCUGCAGAAUCCAUCAACAAGAACAAUACUUUUUAAACCGAUAAAGACAAACAUUGUCGAAGCACAUAUUCAAGUACAAAAACUUGUAAAAGCAGAGUACUCGACUGAAGAACAAAGCAUCAUUAAUAUGGUAUCCAUACAAGAGCUGCAAGAACAACUAGACAAUCUCCUGUAGGAUUCGUGAAAACUAUUUAAUCUUUCUUAAUAUUCUCUCAACAGAAACCAUGAUUAUGUAUAGAACGAUUUUGGUUUGUCAGUAGGAAUUGAACCGUUCAAUAUUAUGGUUGUGUUGAAAACUGGAGGGUGGAUAUUCAAAAGAAGUGGAAUGUAGUGGAUAGGUUAUAUUCAUUUUUGUAAGUCGUUUAUCAAACACGAAAAGUCCCGAUUCUUGGAAAUACGAAUUCAGUACACAGUAGAUAUGAUGUUUUUGCAUAA